AUGGAUCCCUCGCACUUGGAAUCAGCAAGCUUAUUUUAUAAGUCGUUUAAUUGAUACUGAUGAUUAGCAAGUUAUUGAAGAAUUUUUUCUUUUUUUCGAUGGCAGGUGGGGCCCGCAUAGUGUUGAUUGUUUUGCUAAUUAUUAUAAUCACAAGCUCCCCAAAUAUUUUCGAGGUUUUGGAACCCGAACACUUCGGGUGUUGAAUUUUUCUUUCAGUCUCUUCGAGGAGAAAAUUGCCUAGUAGUCCCUCCAGUUGGUAUCGUCCCACGGGUAUUGCAUUAUUUGAAAUAUCAGCAGGCCGUUGGUACGCUCGUUGUACCUCUUUGGCCAUCGGCUCAUUUCUGGCCUUUAAUUACCCACAACUAUAGCAGUUAUCUUGUGGCUCACAUUAUUCAUAUCAGCAAUGAGGUUCUAACCUGCGGAAGAAACCUUAAUUUGCUCUUUGGGUCUGAUAUAUGAUAGAAUAUAUUAUUGCCUUUGGAUUGAAAUUUACUGAGUAAUCCAUUGGACGGUGUGUCCAUUAGCCUAAUGAUUACUUACAUUUGGUGGUGCUGGCCAAAGCAAUGUGUUGUUUAUCUAUGCGGCACUGGCCUAAUUAAUAGGCUAUCAUUGCAUGUGGCGCUAUCCUAAACAGCGUAUAGUUCAUUUAUGUGGCGCUGGCCCAAUCAAUGGUUUUUUAUUUACGGGGCACUGGCCCAUACAAUGGUCUAUCGUCUUAUGAGGCACUGACACCAACAAUGGUCGAUUUUUGUACGGUUAUUAAAGGAUGUUCUUUUUUGUUGUUUUAGUAUAUAUGCUUUGUUCUUGUCUUUCCAGGUAAUCUUAUCAAGUAAUUCCUGGAGAGGCUUUCAACAAUUUUCUUCAAUCAACGUUAAUGAGGUUUUAGAAGUUAUGUUGAAGUCCAGGGCGGAUACAACUAAAAAAGCCUACGUUCCCGUUAUUAGAAAGUUUUUGGAGUGGUCUAAAAGUAGACAUUUCAACAUGCAGUUAUCUUUUCCUGUUAGUGUUGUUUCUCUAUAUUUAUUUGAAGUUCAGCAGUCUUGCACCUCUAGUUCCUCAGUAAUUUUAUAGCCCAUGCCAUAGUUAUUAGAGGAGACUGGUUAUGAAAAGCGGCAAACAUCAAUGAUAAAAACAACAGUGCUGCAGUUUAUGUUCAAAGCACCGUGAAAGUGCACAAUCCUUUGUUUGCUGUUGGCAAAUUGUUACGGAAUAAAUUAAUGCAACGUUUUUAUUGGUCAAUACAAUCAAAAUGAUAGGAAUUCUUUUGAACGUUGUGCACUUUCAGGUCCACAAAAACAUAUAACAAAGGAGUCUGACGGGUUUCAUAACCAUUCCACUCAAUUAACUAUGCCCAUGCUGCCCUUAAAUGGUUACAUUCUUUUGCCCCUAGUUUGGAUCGUAAUCCUUUGGAUAGUGAAUUUUGCAGGAACAUUAUCGAAUCUGCUAAACGCACGCCAGAAAUCACAGCCCGUUAUGAAAAAGAAGCUUAUUACCACAGACAUCAUAAGAGUAUUUUACAUAUUCAUGACAAGAAAGAUGCUAAUUUAAAGAAUCUUCGCAUCGCUGCGUUAGGCUCUUUAGCUUUUGCAGGAUGUUUUCGUUACGACGAAUUAUGCAAUAUCGUUCCUAAGCAUAUUGAAUUUCACAGCGAUUAUAUAAGAAUCUUUGUACCUCGUAGUAAGACAGACGUUUAUAGCGAAGGGAAUUUCGUCUUUACUAGUACAUCCAGGUCUAAGUACUGUCCUGUUAGUGUUUUACAGCGGUUUUUAGAUUUAUCUGGUAUUGACUUAUGUAGUCCUCUUCCUUUAUUUAGACCAACUGUUUUUCACCGUAGUAGUUCUAGCUAUACCCUGAGAAGUGGAAAGAUUUCUUACACUACUUAUACCUUACGUCAGCUGCGUUACAACCCUAAUGAUUAUGGUCUUUAUAGCUAGUUUAAGAUCUGGUGGUAUUACAUCUGCGGUACGUAAUAGUAGUAACUCGAUUCCAGAAAGACUUCUUAAAAUACUUGGUAGAUGGAAAUCUGAUUCUGCCAAGGAUAUAUAUGUUGAAGAAAGCCUUGAAAACAGGUUACAAGUAACUAAGUAUUUAUGUUUGUAAUGUAUUACCGAGCGUAUAUUAAUUUCUGCUUGGAGUGGUAUGUAAAGAAUUUUAAAAAAGAACAACAACAAUUUCUUUUUUGCAGUCCACUCUGUAUUAGUAUCUAUCUAUCUUAUAAUAAAGUGUUUUGGAUCCGCUUACGCAUCCUACCUUAUUUCUCGUGUGAUUUGUUUGUAUUACGGGAAUUUAAGGGUAAAAUGAUUUACGUUAGUUUGAGCGAAGCGAAUUAGAACGUAAAUUAAGCAAAUUUCAUGGAUCAUGAGAUGUCUAUUGAAGGAGAAGAAGUGUUUUAAUAAAGUGAGAAGUGUUUUAAUAUUACGAUUUGUCUCCAGGUAAUUCAAUUCACGGCUGCAUGUAGCCAGCAUAGCCUCCUCCUGUUGUCUAUUUUGCAAUUUGCAAUUUAAGUAGUGCCCUGGAAGUUCACAACUUUAGCAAAUGCGCAUAGUGAGUUCUUUUACCAUCAAUUUCCUUUCCUUUUUUUUUUUUUUUUUUGGCAAGGUUGGGUUGAACGUGUUGGUAUUUUUCUUUUUUACUUACCUAUGAUCUGCCAGGUGUUUCGUUCAAAUCACGGCUUUCUAAGUAAUAGCCAAAGAGACGAGACUUUGGGGUUGCUUUUCCGCUCCCUGACUUCUAUCAGUAAUUCUCUGGCCUAAAUGAAAUGUUUCUCAGGAACUUGGAUUUGUAUUCCAUUUAAACGUGACAUUUAAUUAUCUUUGCAUGGAACAAUCUCUUUUAAUCCUUGGAUGCUCCUCCUUUGAGUUUUAGUCUAUCUACGCGGUAGUCAAACUGUUGUUUCGGAUAUGGCCACUUGGAUUUGUAUUCCAUUUAAACGUGACAUUUAAUUAUCUUUGCAUGGAACAAUCCCUUUUAAUCCUUGGAUGCUCCUCCUUUGAGUUUUAGUCUAUCUACGCGGUAGUCAAACUGUUGUUUCGGAUAUGGCCACUUGGAUUUGUAUUCCAUUUAAACGUGACAUUUAAUUAUCUUUGCAUGGAACAAUCCCUUUUAAUCCUUGGAUGCUCCUCCUUUGAGUUUUAGUCUAUCUACGCGGUAGUCAAACUGUUGUUUCGGAUAUGGCCACUUGGAUUUGUAUUCCAUUUAAACGUGACAUUUAAUUAUCUUUGCAUGGAACAAUCCCUUUUAAUCCUUGGAUGCUCCUCCUUUUAGUUUUGGUCUAUCUACGCGGUAGCCAAACUGUUGUUUCGGAUACUCCGACCUCUUGGAUUUGUAUUCCAUUUAAACGUGAUAUUUAAUUAUCUUUGUAGAGCUUCCAAUACGAUCACUAUUAGAGUGAAAGUCGUGACUUGAAAUGAUAAUCAAAGGUUUUUAUUUCAUUUCCUUUCAGAAUGCUUGCAUAAACAUAUUUUACCUUUCCUGUACUUGGCUUGA